AUGCCUGCUAUUAAUAGUAAUCCAUUCUGUAGUGCCGUGAGAAGCCGCAGACGUACUCUAUAUCCAUUGGUACAGGGUCUCUGUGGUGUUCCUGAUGUGCCCCAUGCCGCCAACGUGUUGCUAUUAAAUGCAGAGGGCAGCGGUGUGGGGAAGUUUAAAGAGCCCCCUGUGACUGAUGCAGUCUCAGUGAAGUGGGAUGAAGUGACAAAACAGUCUGUCAAUGAGGCCGCGGUGUUGGUUUUCAACUUCCAACUCACGGACUCGAAAGUGCAACAAUGGAACUCUAUCUUGUGGAAACGGAGGCUUUAUGUCACUGUACCAGAUAGUGGCAUGACCGAUGGAUCAAAGGAAUCAUUUUUGACUCUCUUGGAAUUUGCUGAAGAUGAUUUACAAUGCUCACAUGUCAUUGUAUGUUUCGGAAAAAGCAGACCAGAUAAAGUUGCAUUAGUGCGCACUUUCAUGUUCCUCGGUUUCUCCAUGUUGGCCCCAGGACAUAAGCUUGCUCCCAGCAAUGCAAGUGAAGAUACAAUGUGCAUGAUCUACAUCAUCGAAGAGGGCUAAAUUGUCACUUUACUGCCAUCUCACGGGAGUGUUUGGAAGUCAUCUAUUUACUAUUCUUGGACUUUGACACCUCUUAAAAGAAGGGGCUCUUGAAUUUCCCCAUACUUAACUUUCCAAAGUACUUUGGCUUUUCUCUUUCCCCCUUUUAAAACUUUGUGCUAAAAGAAGUUGGCGGCUUUUGUGUAUCAUUUGAGCAUUUUAAUGCAGACUUACAGGAAUAUGUUGCAUUUUGCUUGUAAAUUUGAAGCUUGCUUUAAUUUUUUCUGUGUGAACUUGUCUCGUAUAAUUUGGGGACCAAGUCUGGCAUAUGCUUUUUUUUUCCUUUCCCUAAUCCUUUACAAGCCCCUGUUCUUUGGAGAAUUGCAUUCUGUAUUUGUAGUUCAACAUGUUUCGCUUGUAGUUUUUAAACUUUAAUAAAUGUAGUUACUGUUCAUUCCAACAUAGAUGUUUUGUGUCUAUUAGCAUUCAUAGAUUUGUGAAUUGUGGUAGUUAAGUGUAAUUUUUUAAAACACUUUGCAUAAUAUUGUUUAAAGUUUCUGUAAUAAAACAAUUUUUUGGAAA